CUCUGGGUUGAACAAACCAGCAUAGACAGAGUCAACAAAUACGAGGUACAAGGUAGCGGAGAUACAUAGGGAAGAACAGCCAAGGAAAGAUAUAUUGGGCAGCACAGUGGACAACCAGAGUAACACCACACCAAGAGACAAAAAGUAAAUGUUUGCUUUGCAUCUAGUGACUUGAUAUUACAGAUUGAAAGCCUCCCACGGUGGUUAAGAGUUUGGUAUGUUUUUGCACAGUAAAUGUUUAUAAAUUAUUCAGCAUCACCAUAAUAGAUCUUUUGAAGAGCAUUUGAUAUCAUUCAUUUCUUAAGUUAUCACCAGCAGUCAAUGGAUGCGCACACUACAUGAAUAACGUUUACAUUGCAUGAUUAAUAUUAACACAGAGCAAGUUCGGCUGUCAUAAUAAUUAAAAAAAGAUAUUCAUCCGCAAACUUUGUUGACAUAAAAUCCGAUAAAGUGCAGCCAAUAGGAGGUUCAAAAACCUCUGAGCUGGCACCACAGAUGUAGGCCUCGCGGUUCGCCGUCAGCCCACGCCUCACCCCACGAUUAUACCACAGCAGCAACAUCGAGCGGCGUAACAAACAACAACAACCGGAACAUCGUGGCAAUUAACAAAUAGCGACGUCUGCGGCAGACGUUCACUCAUCGUCCUCCUGCACAGGCAAAGGCGGGCUGCUGCUGCUGCUCGUCGUCGUGCGUCUGUUACAGGCUGUACGGGGGAUCUUUGUCUUUGUAUGCAGUACAUCCCAAGUGCGGACACUACAAUCGGGUCACGAACACAACCAAAAUAACAAGUGGAAACAAUUCAGUACAGACGUGAAAGAGCACACAAAAUAGCGAAAACGGUGCAAGAAAACCCACAACUGGAAAACCACAAAACCCGCCGCGAUGAUGGAGGUGGAGGCACUGGGCACGGAGCAGAAGUUCCAAGCGGAAGAGUAUGCGGCAGAGGCGAUGGCAGCCGACAUGGAUCCGUGGGUGACGUUCAACUCGCUCAAGGGGCCACUCGGCACGCUGGACGCCUGGCUUGACACGAACCGCCCCUCGGUCGUCAGCCGCCACGGAGAUGCCAGUAGGGGCUUGGACCGCGUGGGCUGGAUCUGCGUAAAGGGCCCCAACUGCUUGCCACCGAGCGAGGACAUGGACGUAUGCGGGCUGCAGGAGGCCUGGGAGCAGCUGACCUGCUGCUGCGAGCACAUCACAUUCGGCAUGGUGCGCAGGCUGGCCCUUGACCACGGCUGCCUCUUUGGGAAGUGGCUCAUCCACAUGGAUUCUGGCUUUAAGGUGGAUCACGCCUGGCGGGGCCUGGCCAAGGCGGUAGUCGAGGGCUUAAUUCCUAUGGCCAAGGUGAGCCCGCACGACUCCAGCAGCACGGGGAACAAGCAUGUGAUCUGCGUGUACAGCCACGACUUCACGCGCGAGGACGACGUCUACGCACUGGACACCGCCAUCCGUGCCACGGGCAUCAAGGCACAGAUGAUGUACAAGCCGGAUGUGUACACUUACCUGAGCAUCUACCGCAACAACUGCUGGGGUCUCUGCCCCACCAUCUACGAUAGCAAAUUUGACCUGGAGAGCACGCCGCGCUGUUCGCGCAUCACACGCAAGUUCAGCGACGAGUGAGGUGGCUCUUGCGGAAUUUUUAAGACGAUUUGAGGAAGUUAAAUGGAGGCUAAAACGUUUUCCUUGUAACUUUGUAUCAUGAGAUGAGCUUGGUUUUUAUGACAUGCUUCCUGGCGAUAUGGGAGGGUGGAACGACGCUUUGUCACUUUGAGUUUCCACAAUGUUUGAGGCACCACUCUUUUGAGUUUGUGGGGUUUUCAACCCUCAAAUACAGUUGUGCAGUUUUGAGAAUAUUAAAUGUCUGAGCUGGUAAUUUAAGAGUAUAGUAAAAUGCUCAUCAGCAUUGAGGCUGUGGCUUCAGAUGUAGCUGAUGAAGUUCAGCACCAAAGUGCUAUUUUUGCAUAUUAAGCUAUUAAUUAUAAUUAUGUACUGAGAAACUCGCUUUAAAUACCAUGGAUUAAUUACAAUGAUGUUUGUUUUUAUCGUGGCUUUAUCCACAAGGUGGUGCUACAUUGCCGUCACUGCUCGCCAAUAAGUAGACUGAAACCUUCCAUCACCAACAUAACAUUUUGAAAUUGUCAUUUUUGAGUUAUUUUAUUUAAGGAUUAAUACGUUGAGAUACUUUCCCAGACAUUACUACAGUAAACGAAUCGCAGUAGCUGGCUAUGUUGUACGGCGAUGUGUGUAAUUAAAAGCUUGCAUUAUC